AAGAUGUUGACGAAAUUUGUAAUUUUUGCCAUAUUGGUUCAUCAAAUAAACGGGGGUUUGGUGGCUAAUCAAUUUAAAUCUGGCGUAAAAAAUUAUUUUAAGAAUGGAAAGAACUUUACGAGUGAAUUUAAUAGAUUUCUAACCACGAUCGACUUACGCCACUCUUUUAGAACGGGAGCUGAGGAAUAUAUCGAUUCCUCUGUUAUUUGCGAUGCUUGCGACGGUUUGUUAGACUCGAUAAUUGAAGAGGUACAUAAUGGUUUAAAUAUGCAAGAUGUUAUCGAUUUAGCUAUAACUCUUUGUAUCGAUUUAAAUAUUGAACCUGAACCCGUUUGUCGAGGCGCUGUUAAUCUCAAUGCUGGAAUUAUAAUGUACAUCAUUGAAAAUCGCCCUGAAUUAAGAGCAAAUCGAAUCUGUGGGAUCGUGGCGCAAAGUUUCGGAUGUGGUGGAAGUGUUGGUGAAUGGUCUAUUGAUAUCGCUCCCGGAUCUCAAGAUUUUGUAAAAGGAGUCGUAACCGAUUCCACGCCUUUAAAAGUUUUGCAAGUCACCGAUUUUCAUUACGACCCCAUGUACACACCCGGAAGUUUAGCUGCUUGUGCAGCACCUCUUUGUUGUCAAUCCGAUUCUGGAGUUGCUAGCACUCCCGACGAAGGUGCUGGAUAUUGGGGAGAUUACAGAAGUUGUGAUACUCCUUGGUAUGGUGUCGAAGAUGCUUUAGAUCAUAUCGCAGAAACUCACCCCGAUAUUGAUUAUGUUUAUUAUACUGGUGAUACAAUAAGUCAUCGCAUUUGGGAUACAUCUAUUUCAGGAAAUACGGAAGAUAUUACAUUGUUAUACAACACUCUUUUAGCUAAGUUUCCAAACACUCCAGUUUAUCCAAUUUUCGGAAAUCAUGAAGCACAUCCUGUGGAUAUAUUUACUCCUCUUGAAAUUGAAGAAGAGGAAUUUUCAACUGCUUGGUUAUUUGAUUUGGCUGCUGAUUUAUGGGGAUCAAUUCUCGGUGAAGGAACUGCAGAAACAAUCCGUAGAGGUGGUUUUUACACCGUUUUGAUCCGCCCUGGAUUCAGGUUAAUUGCAUUAAACAGCAACGUUGGUUACACAUUUAAUUGGUGGUUAUUAUACGAUGAUGUUGAUCCUUUUGGGCAACUUCAAUGGUUGGCUGAUACUUUGUACCAAGCCGAACAAGACGGAGAAAUCGUUCAUAUUAUUUCACACGUUCCCUCCAGCGAUGAUACUUGUUACAAAACUUGGAGUCAACAAUACCGAAGGAUUUUGGAAAGAUUUGCGGGAACUAUCGCAGCAGCUUUUAACGGCCACUCUCACACUGAUGAGUUUAUCGUUUAUCAUAGUUCUGAAGAACCAACUAAAGCUAUUAAUGUUGCUUAUAACGGUGGUAGUGUUACUACCUUCAGCAAUAACAAUCGUAAUUAUAAAAUUUAUCACGUUGAUCAACAAAAUUAUGAAGUACAUGAUUAUGAUUGUUGGAGUUACAACAUGACAGAAGCAAAUUUAACACCUAACCAAAGACCCAAUUGGUUCAAAUUGUAUUCAUUUAAAGAUGCUUAUGGUUUGAGUGGCGCAUCCCCUUCAGACCUUAGAGAUUUAACGUUCCGAAUGGUUGAAAAUGAAACUUUACGACAAAAAUAUUGGGAAUUUAGAUCGAGACGAGCUGACUCUGCUUUGGAAGGUGGUUGUUCUGAUGGAUGCCAUAAAGGCAAUAUUUGCGAUAUCUUAGCGAGCUCAUUCGGAGACACCACUCAAUGCGAUGAGGUCAUGGCUGGUUGGCAAUAAGGCAAUAAAAAGAAAUUUAC